AUGGAUUACAGCAGCUCAGGAGUUUACAUGCAAAACCCUCAACAACAUGCUCAACAAACGUCCCUUACGAAUCCUACAGAAUUUCAUAUAGCACAAAAACAACGACGUCAAGCAGCAGCUAUGGACAUUAUUGGGAACGCUGGUUCUUCUGGAACCCCAAACAAUUCUUUCAACGGUAACACGAUAAACCCAAAUAUCUUGAACGCAGCUCCAAAUCAAUAUUACAUGAGUCAUGUAAAGCAAGAGUCAGGUUCUAUCGAUGUUCAAGAAGUGGACUUUGAUCAGCAAGCUAGUACUAUCUACUCUCCAAACAUGUCCCCUUCACCUGUUGGUUCCGUUGGUUCUCCUAUAAACCGAAAUUUUAAUAAUAAUGGGGGGUUUGAUGAGAUCAUGUGUCAUUCCUAUAAGCCUCAGAGCCAUAUUGAUGCUUGUUUGCAAUACGGCGAGUCACCGGGCAAUGCUUCUCUUUGUUCUCAAAGUCAAGAAAUUGAAAUUCACGAUCAAGGUGAUCUCUCUAUAAGCGCUCCCAACGUAAAUGUUUUUAAUCAAAAUAUUUUCAGACAACAACAUCCAAACAAUUUCGCUCCUCAAUCAUUACCUGUUCAACUAAGUGGAAUGGGUAGCGACUUAACUCAUUAUCAACAAGGUACACAUGCUUUACAAUAUUAUGACUUAGAAACAACAUCGGGGAGUGUCGGGGUGAGAAUGUUUCAACAAUUCAUGGAUUCUGACGAAUCUGCUGAGAAUGCUCAAAAACAUGCAAUUCUACAAGAAAAGAGACGUCGUCGUAGAGAAUCACAUAAUGCUGUUGAACGUCGUCGAAGAGACAAUAUAAACGAAAAGAUUCAGGAAAUAUCGACUCUUAUACCGGAUAUUUUUAUUGAUUCCUCUAACAAACCAAAUAAAGGUGUAAUCCUCCGUAAAGCUGUAGAAUAUAUUAAACACCUUCAACAGAUAGUGGGCGAACAACGUGCUCAUAAUAUGGUAUUGGAAAAUAGAGUAAGGGAUAUGAAAUCCGGGAUACCCAUCGAAAAUAAUUCAGACAUGAAUACAUCGUCACAGAGUAGCGGUCUUGUUAAUGAUAGUCCUUGCAUGUGA